AUGGAAUUCUCCACUGAGCUUGUUGAAGCUGACAUCAAGGACAGUAAUGCUGCUGGAGAGCAACAGUUUCGAUGGGAGUCCACCGGAGAUUCUAUCUCCAUUGCAAAUGACAAGAUACUGAUAUACUCAAAGCAGGUUGGGUACACUCCAGAUUAUCUCUUCCUCCUCCAGACCAUCUUGCGUACAGAUCCACAGGGAGCUGUGAACUUUGCUCUUAUGAUGUCACAAAUGGAGGGAGGCUGCCCAGUAGAUUAUAAUACAAUAACUGAUCUUUUCCUUCAGAGAAAUAUGAUAUGGGAGGCAACAACGUUUCUGUUGGAUGUUCUGAAACCAAACUUGCCAGAGCAUGCUUUUAUUCAAACCAAGGUUUUGGAGAUAAACUUAGUGACUUACCCGAAUGUUGUUGAUGCCAUUCUUGCUAAUGGUAUGUUCAGUCAUUAUGAUCGCCCUCGUAUUGCUCAGCUGUGUGAAAAGGCUGGGUUGUACUUGCGAGCCCUCCAGCAUUACUCAGAGUUGCCUGAUAUCAAGCGUGCCAUUGUAAAUACCCAUGUCAUUGAACCACAGGUUUGUCGACUUCAGUUAUUUUCAGAUAUCUUUUUUUUAUGUUUUGCCCAUUAA